AGGGACCGUCUCCAUUUGUGACCGAGAAAGCGAAGCAGAGACACACAGCGGUUCAGGGGCCUUAGCUGAGCGGGGAGACCACCGCCUACGGCCUUGACCGAGCGAAGAGAUCGCAUCUCGGGGCCUUGCCUGCGUGGGGAGCUGCUACCCGCUGUGGCUGCCGUGGACGGGCCGGGCUGGGCCGAGCCGAGCCUGGAGGCCGUAAGGCCCUUGUGAGGAGCGGAGCAAGGCCGGGCAAGCGGAGCAUCCCACGGGGGCAGGAUGAGCGAGAGUGGCAAGAGGAAGAGGAGGAAGAGUUUAAACCCCUCGCGUUAUUCAGGGUUUGACUCCACAGUUGAAGAUGAAGGGGAAAGCAGUCCCGAACACUGUACAAAUUCAAGUGAUUCACAAGACCUUUAUAUGACAGUGAGACCAAUAAACACUGUUUUGAAAGGAACUAACAAGAGGCAGUGCGGGAUUGAAAACUGGAGCCUUUUUAAUGACCAAGAUGGAAAAUUCAACACUUACCACUCUGAACAGAAUAUUUCUCUCUCCAAUAAGCACCAGGAUGAUACAACAGAAAGUUCAGUUAGUGAUGGUUCUGAGAGACGGGACAAAUCUCCUUGCAUGGGAAUUCUUUACCAACACAAGUGGCCUCUGCGAAAACCAUCCUGUGACGGACUCUACAGCUGUGAUCACUGUGAAUUCAACAGCAAGUACCCGCUGGAGCUGAAGCAGCAUGUUAUUCUCAGGCACACAGACACUCUGUCCAACAUCUGCCCAGUCUGCAAGCGUGAAUUCCUAACAUACAGUCUGCUCCAUAAGCACUUGCAGGCCCACGAAACAGAGGAGCCAAGUGCUUGUCAGCUAUGCAGCCACAGUGCUGAAAACCCAAGGGAGCUUGAGUUACAUGUAGCAGAUGCCCACAUUGGUGAGUAUCUGUACUGGUGUGAGCAGUGCAACAUUCACUUUUGCAGUACCAGCGAGCUCCACCUGCACCUGCAGCAACAUGAUGGUGAUGAGGAGUACCUCUGUCAGUUCUGCGAGUAUGGCACGGGUGAUGCUGCUGAGCUGCAUGGCCAUGUCCUUGCUGAACAUGCGUACAGCCUCAUGGAGAUGAAUGACACCUCUGAAGAUGGACUUCACGGAGCAGCUGGUUUCCUGAGUAAAGUGUGCUUUGACCGGGACCGAAAUUUCUUUAUAUGUCAGUCCUGUGGCUACAGGAGCCGGCUGUACGCCAAUGUCAACAGGCAUGUAGCGAUUGAACAUGCUCGGUUCUUUCCAUACGUGUGUGAUGAUUGUGGGAAGGGGUUUUGCAACACAGCCGAAUAUGACAAACACUUGAACUUGCACACAUCUCAGGAGAUCUAUUUGUGUCAGUACUGUGAUUACUCUACUGAGCAAAUCGCAAACCUCCAAGCGCACAUAGAUGUGGGCCACACUGCUGCUCUACCGUACAAAUGUGAGAUGUGCAUGUUGAGAUUUGCAAGCAACAGUGAGCUCAUGUGGCAUCUUGCUAAACACAAACAGAACAAUGAACUGCAAUUGUAUCAGGUUUAUGACUAAACAUCUUUUAAACUUGGAAUCUUGUCUAUAAGUGUAGAAUCUCAAACAAAAAGGUGAGAAACACAAUUAGUUUUUUUAUGUUUGGAAGAAUACCAUGUAAUUCAUCACAAGCCCUUCUGAUUGCCAUGAAUUUUGUCCAGUGUUUUACCCUGUGCAUUAAGUGAGCUUAUGCAGUCAGCUUCAUGGGUAACUUAAUUUAAAGUUGUGUAGCAUUUUGAAUUUUGGUCAAAUUUUGGUGAUUGUAGCAUGGUGCGUGAAGGUUGAGAUCAUUCCAAAUCCCAACACAUUACAAAUGUGAACAUUUUAACAUUGUAAAAUUUAACUAAAUAUGGAGUCUUUGUUCUUGUAUCCAGAAAGUAGAAAUGGCUGGGGGUAGAGUUUCUGCAUUGGAUGCAGUUGGUGAUCUAGAUGCCAUUUCCACUAGUUUUAUUUUCUCAAGUUUCUCCUCAAAUUUAUUUAAGUAUCAUCAGAUACAGCACAGUAUUUCAGUGGGAGCUUCUUAAAAUUUUGCUUUAAAUUAUGUUCUUUUAUUAUGGUUGAGUGGUAACUUAAUGCAGAUUCAUUAAUAUGGCUGCGGAUUUAAGACAAAAAUAAGCAUUUUAAUCUGUUUCUUUACCACCUGCAAGUAACUGGGUUCUAAGCAAUUAACCAUUUAUAAAAGUAGCCAGAAUCAUUUGUUGGUUGUAAUGUUGUACAUAAGUUGGUCUUUAAUAAAUUGCUGUGCUCAAAAUCAUAUACAACCUGUGCAUUAUAGCUCUAUACUGAGCACCAGCUUAAUUUUAAAAGCUGUCUCAAAGGCCCAUAAAUGGAACCAAUUGGCAGAAGCUCACAGUAGUGAUUAAUUUGUCCUGUAGGUGUGACCCAUUUUGUGGGCAGUAUUGGCUUAUAGUGCAGUGAUUUUUAAACUAGCACCAAAGCUUGCAAAAACUAGAUUUUGGCUAGUCCUAAUCUGCUCUUGGCUUUCCUUGUUUUAAUACUAACUUGGCAGUAUUGUGAUAUACAGACUAGCACAAUUGAGCAGAGAUUCCAGGCCCAUCUUCCUGUAAAAUCAUGGGGUGCCUUCAGAUUACUUCAAGCUUCUACUUUUCCAUUGGUCUUGAUUUGGGAAACAGGACGUAUGCAUGUUUGUGGUCGUUGCAUUGAUGAAAAAGGAAUGAGUGUUGGCAAAUAUAAGAUUAAAUGAAAGAAGUGAACCUCAAAUCAGAUCAUGGAGUAAUUUUGGUGAUGUUGUUCGCAGGCUAUCCUUCUAACCAAAAAUAGCAAAUAGGGUACUGCUGGGGCGGGGUUUGAAUAAAUUUGUAGGAUUAUGGAACAAUAUUACAUAAUUCCAUCUCAACAAUAUUUAAUUAUCCCAGGAGUGAUAACAAAACUUGUGUUGUCUUAUUACAUAAAACUAAUUAUUCCGAUCCAUCAGUGCUAUUUUUUUCUGUUUAGUGAUACUCUACCCUUCUAUUUUUCUAGACAUCUUAGGAAUCAUUUUUCUGCCAAUGCAGAGACAUGUCAUUUUGUGUCCUUUACCAGCCACCUCAAUACUACAGUUGCACCAUUAAGCAUAAAGUUCCUUUACCAAAGGCUCACUUUGUAACUAGUGACCUGUGCCCUGCUAUUUGAGAAUAGGGAUAGAGUGCAUUCUUGUAUAGUACAUGUCCAGUGCAUCUCUAACUCGCUUUCUUUUUUUAACUUUCCAUACACACUUCAUAAGCUUACUGCUGAAAAACAGUUGUGCAAUGUGAAACAUUUUUUUUUCUUCCUUGGGGGUGGUGGUGGAGUUUAAGAAGCAUCAUUUCUAGUGGAGGGAAAUCAUUUGGAUUUGGUCACAUCUUUAUAGAGAAUCAAAGCUAAAUUAAAGUAAAUCUACUUUAGGCCAAUGACCUGCAUUUUCCCCCUGUGUGUGCCCCCUUGGUGUAAGUGUGAAAUGGUGCUUCCUAAACAAAAUUCAGAUGGUCAGAAUGUACCUUCACUGUGUGGAUGCAAUGGUAAUAUACGUACUCAUAAAGAAUGUCUGCCUCUAGUGGCUUCAGGGGGUUCACCAGAGCAUUUAGGGUAGUUUUAUGGUCAUUUUCUAUAAGUUGCUGACAGUCAUUUAUUAUUUAUUUUGAUGGGAUUUAGUUCACAGGCUGUAGUGUAGUAUGACGGACCUUGUACCACUGUUUAUAAAGUGGUUUGGGUAAAUUUUGCUUUCUUCCUCUAAAUUGCAUAUUGAUAUGAUUAAGUGAGCUAAUUGUACAGUGAUGGAGUAAAUGAUAUCACUUUUGAAAUAAACUUCAGCGCAGUUGGACAUUAUGGUUACUAUGAUUUGUUGUAUUCAGUGUGAUUAUGCUGUUACACAUACAAUGUAUUCAAUUUGCCUUUAGAUUCUUUACAUUUAUAUGGAAAAGUAACCCAUUCUUAAGGAUUUGGUGUUACAUACCUACACAAUUGUGUACUUAAUUGAGCUGAAUUGAAUCAUGCAUGUACUGUGCCAAAUCAGGUAUGGGAAGUUAGUUCUUUAACAAAACGUGGGACAAAACCAUAAACUCAUUUAAAAUACUAUUUUCAUUACCAGGACCUCGGAUCAGCCUAGCUUACACCUUCCUAUUUUCUAAAGCUGGGCAAGAUUUUACAAAGAGCAAGUCCAGCUCCAUAAGUAUGAGUACCCAUCACAAAGUGAAUCAUAAUUUACUAGUUGGGCAGAAGCCAGAAGAAUAACCAGUACAGAAAAUGAAAUUAUCGCACAAAAAUAAUGCUCUUAUGAUGGGUACUGCCAACAGAAAAUGUUCUUGGCACUGACACCAUUUAAUGUGAAGAGAAAAAAGUUCAUCAAAUCAUUUAUUUUGAGUUGUUUACUCUCUGCAGUAAAAACUGCAGAGUAACAAUUGGAGUCAGUUUUAGAGAAUUCAAAACCAGUAUGGCAUUUACAGUUUAAGCACAGACCAUGCACAGUAAUUUUAUCUGAAUGUGAUUGACUGCAUCUGUGAAUAUAUUAAAACUAUGUUUAAAAAAAAGUGUCAACUUGUAUUGAAAAUCCAAUUCAAAAUCUGACUUGCAGUAGUUAACAGAAGACUGGAAUGUUUUUAUUUGCCAUAAUGUUUUAGUUGAGCUAAAAAUUUGCUGGUUAAAAAUCUGACCCUCCCCAAAGUUACAGAAAAUUUCAAUUUGUACACUUCUGAGUGACUAUCAAAUUCAGCUGGAAUUUUAUCUCGUAGAUACUGGCUGGACGAGCUGACAAACAUGAUUUGAUCUUGUUAGAUUAAAUUGCUGAUGUAAUUUUUAUUCCCAAAUGUAAUCAUUUUGCUAUCCAGCUAGGAGAAAAAAAUAAAUCUUUUAAUACACAUCCAUGAAAGUAUUAUGUAAAACUUCGUAUGAUGCAGUGAUUCAUUGUAACUUAACACACAUCCUCUGGAAUCACAUUUACCUUUGAAGGGGAAGCUUAAUGUUGUAGUGGAAAUGAUGUGUAAAGUUAUUGAUGAAGGAAGUGCUAUAAAUUUUGAAAUAAACCCUGCCAGCUUGGUUACUGAUCUUUGGUUACUUUCAUUAUAUUAAGCGAUUAUACUCUCAAACUCUCAAACACACAAUAUGCAAAAUGUAAAUCUGGAUUUUCACAGAGUCAUGGAUUCUCUUGAAUUUCUGUUGAAAAGUGACAACUGCCUUACGCCAUUAAAGUAUUUGAUAACUGAAACACUUCAGAUAACUUGUACAUGCAAUAUUACUUGACAGAGUUUGUAAAUAUCUGGCAAGUAUCUUGUAAUUAUUUUUGUACACCUCUGCUUUUGAUUGUGUUUAAAUGACAGAAGGCAUGUAAAAUAUUGUAGCAUUGCAUAGCAAUCUAUCAAAGUAACUGACAAAGUGGUGGUAUAGGUAUUUUCAGUGUGAGCAGGAAUUAAUGCUGUACUUAUUGUGGAAGCUAUAUUGUAGUACUAUAAGAUUGUGGUAUUAAAAUAACUUUUGCACUUUGACAUGAUUCUUCAUUUUAAUUACCACAGUCAGUUUAGAAGUUCUACAUUGUUGUUGCUCCUUUCAAAUAUUUGCUUAUCACAGUGUAUUCAUAAAGUGCCAUUAUUAUAGCUAAACACUCCAAGGUGUUUCAUAGAAAUGUUAUCAAACAAAAUGUGACCAAGCUACAUGAGAUGUUAGGGCAGAUGAUGAAAGACUUGGUGUAUUCUGG